AUUGGCACUGACCAAGAAGAUGUUGAGGAAGAAAUUGUAAUGACAAAAUUGCUUAAUAAUGAAAAUUUCAUGUGAAGCAGCCUCAUCUUUAAAUUAUAUGGGUUCUUAUUUGUUAACAUAAUUGUUUAUUUUUUAAAUUAUUAGGAAUUAUUAUUUGGUGAUUAUAUGGAAAAACUUUUUUGUAGUUGAAUUAAAUGGCGAGGGGCACUAGGAAGCAAAGCACAAAAUGUAAAAAAGAUGGCUCAGUCAAGACAACAUCACAGAGUUGCUCAGGUCCCAGCCUGCAAUACAAAGGUAAAAAUAAGCAGAAUGAUGGACAAGAUACAGCCAAGAAGACUAAAGUGCGACGCCAGCCUCCAAAGCGAUUCUCUGAUCUGUUCAUUGGUGUCAAAGAAAAUGAACCCAGCCUAUUUGAUGACUUAUUCAUGGAUGUCAAGGAUGCUGCUCGGCAAGCGUCCAGGCCUCCUCUUGCCCCACUGGCUGGUUCCAGUAUACUGGGCAAUUCCAACUCUUUCAUGGCCAAUGACACUUUUGAUUACCUCUUGAAAAAUAACCGAAACCAAUUGUGUGCUCCUGUAAGAGACUUGAAUGGUGGAACAUCCCAUUCUAUUAAUGAGACCUCAUCUGUGCGGUCUGAACUCACCUCUUCUGACAAUGCUGGCCCUCUCUAUGUCUCCCUGGCUCUCUGCUCUUCUGAUUUGUAUGAUAAUCCGGACAAGACCAAAGCAUUGACACCAUUUCGUUCUAAGAAGCCAUCUGCUGCAGUCCGAGUUCCUAAUGUUGCUGGAAAAAAUUAUGCUCAAAAAGCCAACAAAAAGAAAAAAUGCAAUGGAGUGAAAGCAAGUAUAAAAAAGCCUCAAGUUCCUAAAUGUACUACUGGACAAAAUGACAGUGUGGUUCAGGAAUCCAAAAAUGUUUCAUUAACUCCCUAUUCUGUUGCCCACAAUGGUGCCUCAUUCGACUGCAAGACUCCCAACUUGCCGAUGCGCUACCGACAAACGCAGAGAACACUUCGCACUCAUUGCCAGGGAUCAAGCUCAGCUAAACGAAAUAUUGGAGGGGUGCUUGCUAGCCAGCGCUGUAGACGGCGUAUGGCAACUGAGAGCAAGACUGCUGAUCGGGCCAACGACCAACUUGUUGAGUUGAGAUUGAUCCAGCGCGUCAUAGAUGCGUCACCGCAACUCAACUCUGCUCAUGGCAACCAUGAUAAUAAUAUCAGUGGCAAUGGAAAUGAUCGCCCGGAGGAGCAAAAGUCAUGUUUUCAGACUGAAAAAAAGUCACUUAUCAAGCAAGGAAUGCCACAUCCUGUCUGUUAUAGAAAUAUAAUUACUGAUCCUUCCUGUUCACCAGACUUCUUCCGAAACCGUCUCACCAGCACGCCUUCUAUUUCUCAUGGUAAACUCUCUCGGACCGGUUUACGGAAAAAGAUUACACCUGUUGCUUCUAGAAUUACUCCCAGCAAGUUGUCUCCCGUGUUGAGAGAAACCUCGUUUGAUGAUAUCGUCUUCCAAGAUUCUACGUUAUCUGAGUCUCCUUUGUUCGUACAAGAUGAUGUCAAUAAGAAAAAGAUUAAUCUCAGUAUAGAAGAGGUUACAAAUAACCUAGCUUUGGCCAACAUUUCCAUGCCUUUUAAUCCUCCAGGUAAACCAAACCGUUCAGGGACAGCAUCAGACAUUCAAAUUUGCAGUCCGCUUAUUGCCAUUCCUAAUAAAUCAAACAAACAGAACUGUGCUGCAAGUAUGACAAACGAGCCUAAAAGACUUAUAGAAAAUGGAGCGAAAGCCGAUUCUCAUCUGGAAAACGUGGAACUAUCAGCAUGCACUGAUGAAGACACUGAACCUGAAGCCAUAUCUCUAUUUCUGCGAAGUACGCGACGUCGACGUAACCCAACUAUUACAAUAGACGCCUUUAUUCCUCCAAUAAAUGUUUCAAACGUGAACAAUAGAACAAAUGACAAACAAUGUUCGAUGAAAAAAUCCCUUUUGGUUGUUGAUGGCAAUCCACAAAAUUUUCAUGAGCAUGAAUUACGAAGUUCAUUUUACUGCGAUGCUCUGCGCUGUAGCGCCCCAUCGCCUGUGCUAACUCGUAGACAGAAACAGGCACGCAUUUCUAUGCUUCCUUCUUUCAAUGUAGAAACUUCGUUUGUAUUCAGCAGUAGAAGAAGGAGACGACGCGAUAUCCGCUCACUUAUUCCGGCUGACGUGCUCGGUAAAGCCAUGCCCCUUGUAAACAUUACCUGUCAGGAGAAAGGUGCGGUGUCAGCUGUAUGCCCUGACACAGCUAUCGAGUCGUCUUUGAAUAAACAAGAUGUUGGUGAUAUUAAAUGUGCAAUAGAUCUGGAAUUGAAAACUACGGGCUACUCAGAGACGACCAAUUGCUUGUCCAAUUCUCACAGAGAAUCACAUUGUGAACCGUUAGUAGAGAAUUCAGCUUCUCAUCACGCAUCCUCCUGUGAAGUGAUUUCUCCUCUUCCUGUUCAAAUGGAAGCGACUGAAAUAUCAUUUAGAAGUGCACAUGUGAUCCAAAAUUCAGUUUCUGAGGGUCAGAAGGUGAAUGCGUCUCUGGACAGAAAUUUUCCCGUUAGCGUGAAUACACAUCUCUGUCGCUCUCAAGAACCAUGCUCUUCAAAGGCCGAUUCUCCAAUCCGUGCAAUAGUGAGCUCUGCUUCAUCUUUAAAAGUUCAACAAGAAUCCGAAUCUUACGUUAACGACUGCCUAGUCUUAGAUCGUAUAAAGCACCUGAAUUUAGAUCAUCAAACUUCAUUUUCUGAACAAGAAAAUGCGCUAGUAUUACAUGAGAACCGAAGAUCAUUAACGGCAAUGCCUGGUGAUGGAGACGUCGCACAGCCCGAACUGGCAGGCGGACUUGUGCCCGCCAAGCGAGGCAAAGGUUGGCGCCGAUCACUUUUUAUUCAGGAUCGCUUCAGUGACUGCAUUCCCAGGACGUCUAUGGGUGCCAGCUGUCAGAGCCAGAUGUAUGAAAGACGAAGCGACGCAAGUGUGAUGAGGAAUCGUCGCUCUUCAUUAUGUAUGAGCAGCGUGAUCCCUGCUACUGCAGCCACCACUGAUGUGUGCCAGAGAGUAUUGGAUGAGACAGGAGCGGACGACUUGUUGCCCGUCUUCGAAGAUGACAGAGAAGCUGCCUACUCGAUGACUGCGAAGGAGCGCGUGCUUGAGCUUUGUGGGCAGACAGACGUCGUUCCUAUCACCCGCUGCUUCACUCCAAGCGUAAUGAGAGAUCUCAAGAAGAUUGGAGAAGGCGCCUACGGGGAGGUGUUCAUGUCGGUGCAGGAAGGCAGGCGCAAGGUCUUCAAGAUCAUGCCUAUCGAAGGCAACUUCCGUGUCAAUGAUGAAGUGCAAAAAACUUUUGAUGAAAUCUUCUCCGAGAUCCUUAUCUCAAUUAAACUGAGCGAAUUGAGGAUGCAAGGACACCAUGACAGUUGCAGCUGCUUCGUCCAUGUGCUGCGUUGCUGGUGUGUACAAGGCAGCUACACGCCGCGAAUGAUCGCACUCUGGGACAAAUUCGAUCAGGAAAAACAGUCUGAGAACGACAGGCCAGACAUGUACCCUCGCGACCAGCUGCACGUUGUGCUCGAGUUUGGCCACGCGGGGCAAGACUUGGAGAGCUACGUCUUCUCUGACGCUGCGCAGGCGCUGGCACUCUUCUGGCAGGUGACAUACGGCUUAGCAGUGGCUGAGAAGAGAUUUGAGUUCGAGCAUCGCGAUCUGCACUUCGGCAACAUCUUGGUUGAGGCAACCACUGACACCUCUUGUUCUUGCACUUUCGAGGGAGAACAAAUUAUGCUACCUACGCACGGCGUGCGUGCCACAAUCAUAGACUUCACGAUGUCUCGGCUGCGACACUCUGAGUCUUCGGUUGUAUUCAACGACCUCUGCAAGGACCCCGAUGUGUUCAAGGGCGAGGGCGACUACCAGUUUGACAUUUAUCGCGCCAUGAGAGACGUCGUCGGGGAAAACUGGAAUAAAUUUGAACCCAAGACCAAUGUGAUGUGGCUCCACUAUCUGCUGGACAAAUUGAUCAGCGAAUGUUAUUACAGAAGUAAAACUUCCAGACGUCACCGCCUUCACAUCGCAAAAUUAGAAAAACUGAAAAGCAUUGUUUUGAAGUUCGACAGUUCAUGUCACUUAGCUCGUUCGCUCAAAGAAAAAUGGUAAUGAUUUUCUUAUAUCAGUGUAAGAUUACUGAGUUCCGGGAUUAAUUUUUGAAUCUCAUCAUCAUUAGGUCUUUCCAGUAUUAAUGAUACUAUGUUAGGCCAACGACCGACAUUCAGGUGCAUUUUAAUGUUGCAGAUUAUGUAAUCAUGUUAUAAACAAUUGACAUUCAUUCGUCAAUGUAUUAGAAUUCGCUUGGAAUUUUGUAAUCGCCUUUUUACUAGCAAGAUAUAUUAUUCCAAGCAUUAAAGUAGUGUAUUUUCAUCAGCGACGGGAAAUUCUGCAUCGAAUUACCAAGCAGUAAAAUGUUUUUAUAUACUCUCAUCCAUGUAAUUAUGUUUGUAGAAUAUUGCGGAGAUUUCCUUUGAUUGCGUUAUUAAUGAUAAUGUUGGUAGUUUAGCCUGAGUUGUCUACUUACUUGAGUAGGAAGUCCACUAUUGUAAUUAUUGUCUUCUUCUGUAUCCGGGAUUUUCUUGUAUGUGAUAGGCAGUACUCGCAUGAAUAAUUAAAAUGUAGUUAGUUGUAAUAUAUAGUUAUAGAAAAGUUGUAAUUGCCAAAAUCAUUCCUUUAGAACUAUCAUAUCCGCACAGGCCUUCUAUUAAAAAAUCAACCUUAAAAUUUUUUAUACAUACUGCCUUAGUUUAAAAAUAGGUAAAAAAUUGUGUGUAUUUGACAUUUGUUUGUCGUAAUUUGCUAAUCAGCUGGGCUCAGAAUUAUCCUUUUGCUUCAAAAUUUUCCAUAAUUCGAAAUCUUGUUGUUUCAUCUUCAUCAAGCUAGACGUGAUCUCAUUUCGUAUAUUAGUCAGAAUUUGUAUCUUCUGAAAUCAACAAAGAGGUUAUCGCUAUAGUUCUUUCUCUACCAGCAUGAAUGUAAUUGGGCUGUUUAACAAAGCUGAUCUUCA